AAAAUAAAUUUAGUUGUUCAGUUUUAGUAAUUAAAGGAGUAUCAAUUUCCAUGUUUAAGGAAAUAUUAUUUUUAGGAAUAGAUACUGUUAGAGUGAGUAGUUUAAUUUCUGGUAGAGUAGUAAAUGAAACUAUUAUUGCGAUAUUAGAAAUA